CAGACUGAAGAUCUGAAGGUCGCGUGUUCGAUCCACGCUCACCGCACGACCUGUUCUCUUUUUUUACGACCUUUUCUUCCUUUCCAUUUUUUUUUUUACUGGAUUUGAUGGUCAAAGUUGAAACGAGUAAACAAAUAGUAAAACCCAGCGAUUUCGCGGGCGCAACAAACAAACUGGAAGAAGAGUGUGUGCGCGUCACCGUCGAUGAUCGCGAUAUCAAGGGUCCAGAUGCGCGCAUGGGUGUUUCCACUGAUCAUCCAUCGAUCCAGUUCUCGUGGCCGCCGGAGAGAAGGAAGAGUGAUUUUACUCUGAAAUUGCAGGGGAUUGGAGAAUUUGGAGGAGGCGAAUGGAUUUGAUCCUCCUGCUACUGGCGCUGCUGCUGGGGAUCUUUGGAAGCAAUCGCGCGAGCAGCCAGAGCCUCAACGCAACGGGACUGGAAAAGUUUGUGGACGAGCUCCCGCAAAUCCCCGUCCUGUGCGCGUUCCAGGAGGAGCAAUCCGGCGCGAUGAUCAAGCCCGCCAAUCUCACAAUCGGGAUGUUUCCAACGAGAUGGAAAUUCCACCGCGAUCUCCCUGCCACGCCAGUGUUUGCAUACGGCCGGAGCCACAAGGAGGCGACCAUUCCGGGGCCAACGAUCGAGGCCCGGAAUGGCAUCCCCGUGGAGAUUACGUGGGAGAAUCACCUCCCCAAGAAGCACAUCCUGCCGUUGGAUCUCACCAUCGCCACGGCCAUUCCGCGCCACGGCGGAAUCCCCACCGUCGUCCACCUCCAUGGCGGGAUGAACGAUCCCGCCAGCGAUGGCCACUCGCUCGCCUGGUUCACGCCCGGAUUCAAGGAUCGCGGCCCGGCAUGGCGCGCGAAAUCUUCCUUCUAUCGCAAUGCGCAGGGCGCCGCCAAUCUCUGGUAUCACGAUCACGCCAUGGGGCUUACCAGGGCGAACAUCCUCGCCGGGCUCUCGGGCGCGUACGUGAUCCGCGACCCCGCGCUGGAGCGCCGGAUGAAUCUCCCCAGCGGCAAGGAUUUCGAUCGCGUCUUGAUCAUCGCGGACCGGGAUUUCAACAAGGACGGAUCGAUCUACAUGAAUUCCAAGGGCAACAAUCCCAAGAUCCAUCCGCAGUGGCAACCAGAAUAUUUCGGCUCGGUGAUCCUGGUGAAUGGAAAGGCCUGGCCUUUCCUCCGCGUCGCCAAGCGCAAGUACCGGUUCCGGAUCAUCAACAGCAGCAAUGCUCGAUUCUACGAGCUCCGCCUCUCCGAUCAUAGCGCUGGAUCCUCCAGCAACGACGAUUCCGGCUCGCUGCUGACCUUCACGCAAAUCGGCUCCGACGCAUUCUAUCUCCCCCGCCCGAUCCGCGCCAGGCGACUCACGAUCGCGCCCUCGGAGAUCCAGGACGUGAUCAUCGAUUUCACCCAGGCGCGACGGGACGAGGUCCUGCUCAGGAACACGGCGGCGUUCCCAUUCCCUGGCGGCGACGCGGUCGAUUCCAACAAUGGCGUGGUGAUGAAAUUCCUCGUUGCGCCCAGAUCGUCGCAGCAGCUGGAUCCCAGCACAAUCCCGCGCUUCCUGGUUCCCAUCCAGCGCCUGGCGAUCGAGCAAUCCUCCAGCGCCCGCCAGAUCAACCUCUACGAAUUCGUGAGCUCCUCCGACGAGCCGACGCACCUGUGGAUCAACGCGCUGCCCUUCGACGCCCCCGCCACGGAGACGCCGCGAUGCGGCAGCACCGAGCUGUGGAGCGUGAUCAACCUCACCGAGGACAAUCACCCGCUCCACCUCCACCUCGCCGCCUUCCAGGUGAUCGACGAGGCGCGGCUUAGCAGCGCCGAGGAUCUCCGCCGCUGCCUACUGGCCAACGGGAACCGGAUGAACGCCUCGUGCAACGCGGCGCGAUUCAUCGAUCGAUCCAGCCCGAGGAGGCGCCCGCCGCGCAACGAGGCCGGGUGGAAGAAUGUGUACAAGAUGAAGCCCGGGUACCUCACCAGGUUCCUCGUGCGAUUCGCGGGCAUCGACGGGCGGCCAUAUCCUUUCGACGCAUCCGCGGAGCCGGGCUACGCAUACCACUGUCACAUUUUGGACCACGAAGACAACGAGAUGAUGAGACCAUUGAAGCUGCGAUAGUAGAGGCGCCAAAUAGUUCUACCUUUCCAGAUCCUUUUCGGCCCCUCCAAAUCGUGGACACUGUUGACAACGAAGAACUUCCAGGCAUGCUUUUGUUUUCUCUUUCGCUCUCACUCUCGCUGUUUCUUUGCGACGAAAGAGAAAGCUCAAGCACGCAGAGUUUGCCGCCUAAAGUUCUCGUGCUCAAGUGCUCCAACUGGCGAAAAAUCUCGUCCCAGUGCUCGGCGGAAUAUCGAAACCACUAGCGCUCGCACUCACAACAUGCAUGAAGUCUAGAUGCCAGACAUUAUUAUGUUUGCCAAAAGAGCGUCUUGUAAAAAGAGAAAACCAAUAGACCGCUUUUCAAAAUC